UGACGUCACGAAGCCUGAAACCCGGCCGGCCUUCCGAGGACGCCGCCUGCGAAUUUGGAUACAGCUUGUGACCUUUGUCCUUACUCAGUUAAAUAACUUUCGUAACGCUGUUCUGCAGGCAAGACAACCUGGCUACUUAACUGAGCAAAUUCGACCAAAUACUUGCGCAAAGGACAUUUCAAUCAAGGCCAACUUGGAAAACAAUGGACGGAACUGUGAAGCUCGCAACCCAGCGCGACAAAACAACGACAGGUAAAGAAACAGUGACUCUGGUUGAGAGCAGCACCUCUCCUGGUGGACUGGAACUUGUCAGCUCUUACCAGACCACUAGAAUGGGGGACACGAUGGAUCUUGUUGCUUUAGCAACACAGCUGCAGAAGGGAGACGAUUUUAUAAAAGCCAAUGCUUGCAACAAACUGUCUGUGAUUGCUGACCAGAUCAGAUAUCUACAAGAACGAGCAAGGAAGGUCUUAGAAGAAGCAAAAAGAGAUGCUGAGCUCCACCAUGCUGCCUGUAACCUGGUGAAAAAAGCAGGCAACAUGUAUUACCUGUAUCAGCGACCAUCUGGACAAAAAUAUUUUUCCAUCAUUUCUCCUGCGGAAUGGGGCCCAGGUUGUCCUCAUCAGUUUGUCGGUGCUUUCAAACUUCAACAUGACAUGUCCUGGACUCCCGAGGGCGAUGUGCAGGAAAGAGACACGGAGAUAGCCAUCAUGGACAAGUUACUUAGCCAACAGACCACUUUAGCACCUGGCGUGGAACCGAAUUUCAAGGGCCUCUCAAAUUAGAGCAGAAUGUGCAUGAAUAUUCAUCCGAAAAUGAUACCAUUCUGUCACUUGUUGUACCAGAUCAC